AUGUACAAAGCAUUUGAGUUUUUUAAACUGGAAGAAGUUAUUUUAGAAUAAACAAUUGAUUAUAUGUAAUUUAUUACAUAAAUGAUUUACAUUAACGAAAUUGAAUAAUUAAUAAUUUCAGGAUAGAAUGGCUUAAUAACUUCUUACAAUACAACUUAAAAAUCUUAAAUUCAUACAAUUGGGCUAUUUUAAAUGGAAGUCCAAUAUAUUAGCGGUCUUUUUCUUUCUAUAGAUUAUUAAUAUCUAUUUGUAGGGGCCUAUUAUGAUGGAAUGUGUAUAUUAAAACUAAAUUUGAGUCUUGACAGUAAAAAUAAUUUGCAUAAUUAAAUUACAUUUAAUUAAGUUGGUACAGGAGUAGUAGGCUUUUCAGCUUAGUUUUGCUUAGCAACUAAAGAUUUCUAUGUUUAUUGCUAUGAUUAAUGGACAGGCCUUUAUUAUGCUAACACUUAAUAAUUAGCAUAAAAAAAUUAAAAUGAAAAUACUUAUCCAAUAAACUUUUAAUUUGUAUACUAUUGGCCUGAUUAAUAACCAAAUCCAUCAAUAAAAUCACUUUUAACAAAUUCUUAAGAAACUAUUUUAUUUGUUGGAGUGAGAUCUCUUGGUGUUUAUCUAUUUGAUAUUAUGCAUCGCAAUUAAAUACAGCUAAUUUAAGUUAUAAGUACAGAUUCAAUCCCCUUCUCUAUUUAACUUUCUAGAAAUGAAAAUUAUUUAUAUGUAACAAACACAUCAAGUGUUUUUGCAUUCCCUUAAAUUUAAACUAAUUUGAAUGAUAAUUUUCCUAAUUUAUUCAAUACACAUUAAUCAGCUUUUAAUGAUUUGAAACUUGCUAUUAAGCCUCGGUGUUAUACAGAUUUUUCAGACAAUUACCUUUUUGGUGCUUUUGAUUAAGAUGGGUUUUUUGUUUUUCCUAUCUUCAAAAAUCCUUACAGACUCAAUACAAAAAUAUUUAAAAAUUAUCCUUUUUAAUUAGACACCUUGCAAUUCGAAUAAGAAGGUAAAUACAUUAUAGUGCCAGAAUACUAUUAGGGAAUUAUUCUCAGUAUUUAUUAAUAUAAUCCUCUAAAUAAUAGUGAGUAGUAGCAGGAUAUAUCUCCUAUGAAUAUGAAAAUCGUAAAAGUAUAUAAUUAUGAUACGAAUUUUUAUUCAGCAUAUAUGGCUUUUAGUUUAGAUAGAUCAAUUGCAGUCUAAAGUGUUUAAGAAUUUCUAAUAAUUUAUAAUUCAACAAACAUACUAGAUAUGUAAAUUUUGUCUAUUUGGUAAAAACCUAAUCCUUUUAUAGGCGAUUUAUCUGAUGUCUGUAUUUCACCUAAUAAUAAGUGGAUUAUAGGUAUUAUAUUAGAUUAAGGGUAUUAUGUAUUAGAUAUUUCAAAUAAAACAAACCCAACUUUAGUAAAUUAUUAGGUUUCUUUAUCAGGAAGUUCUAUACUACUUUCUACUUACUAUAAUUUAGCUUACGUUGCUGAAGGUGGUAAAGGUUUUGGUAUCUUAGAUUUAACCUUUCUUCCUUAAAUUAAAUAUAUGUCAAGAUUGAGUAUAACUGGAUAUUCAUACAUGCUAUUACCACUUCAAAAAGAAGAUUUUAUCAUAAUAACGUAGAGUGAUAAAGGUUUAAUAACUCUUGUUGAUAUAACGAAUAAAUAAAAUCCAAUCAUUAUAAAUAAAAUUUUAUAUCUUAAUCAACAUGCUUAGGCUGUUUGCUCUUGCAAAACACUCAAUUAUUUAUUUAUUGCUAUUUCAAAUGGCAUCUUAACAGUCCCAUUCAAAAGUGAUUUUCAAAUUCAUACAGAAGUUGCUUAAAUUAAGCAAUUUAUUAAUCCGAAAUCCACUUAAAAGUUAAGAUAUAACAGGUAAAGUUUAACUCUAGCAUCCAAUUAGGCUAAUAUUACUAACGAAUAUAUAUUUUAAGUUGGAUAAACUAUUGUUCUGGACUUCACAAUUCUGUAUCCAAUUAAUUUAGAUAUGACAAUCUCUAAUAUAUAUAUUUAUUAGAGUGGUAAAAUAGAAAACUUACCAACAUAUUUUAUGUUUGAUGUUGAAUAAAGCAGUCUCUAAAUUUUAAUUCAAAAAGAUUUGCUUGGACUUAAAAAUAUAAUAUCUGAUUUAAUUAUCAUAUUAAUUAAAACAUAAAUCCCAAUAGAUAGUAUUUCUUUUAUAUACUAAUCAUAGGAUUCAGCUGAUUUAGGAAUUACUAAUUCGACAUAGGCAACACUUAUUUACUAAUAUCUCAUAAAUCAAAAUAUUAUCAACUUAGAUGGUACUAUUAAUGAUAAUUAUGACGUUCAGAAAUAAUUAACUUUUGAUAACUAAUUUUAAAAUUUAUUAAUCGACAAAUCUGUAAUGUAAGAGAGUUUAUACCUUGAUGUAAUGUCUUAAAUUAUAUAAAAAGUAAGCAUAACACUUAAAAAAUCAUACUCAUAUAAUCCUUUCAAAUUUUAUGUAAUUUCAUCAUUAAAUUUUGAUAAUUAGAACAAAUUUAAAUAUAUUUCAACAAACUCUCUAGAUACUAUUACAGUUACUUUGCAGAUUAAUAGUAAAAUUGGUAAAUUAAUCCAUAAGAAGUAAGAUAGCAUUAACUUUUAAAUAUCAGACUCAUAAGACUAGCUUUAAAUUUAAGGCACUUUAGAAAAUGUAAAUAAAGUUUUACAAUAACAAAUCAUAUUCGCAAACUCUAGUCAGAUUAAUGAAAUUAGCUCAUCCACAAUUUAAAUUACAGUUAAUGAUAACAUCAAUUUACCCUUAACGAAAUUGUUCAAUAUUUCUGAAUGCACUUUUAUUGUCCUCAAAAAAUAAAUAGCCGUCAAUAAACAUCUAAAUUUAUAAUCAUAAAUUAAUCAAUAAUUUGUUAAUGCAGUUGUUGAUAUAGAAACUAAUAUUGCAAUAACAUUUUCUUCCAAAACAUUUAUAGUAGGAGAUACUUCCUUAAUAACGUAUUAAGCUUAUAUUUAAGGAUCAGAUGGCGAGUUUAUAAUAAUUCCUCCUAGUUUAUGGCUUCAAUAGUAAAGUAACGAUAAGCUUAAUUUCAGGGGUACAACAACUUCAAGCUUAUAUGGAUAAAUUUACAGAUUUCAGAUAAAAGCUACUGAUGGUUAUACUACAGCUGUAGAUUAAUUUACAGUAUAAGUCUAUGGAAUACCUUUCACAUACGCUUUAAACUUACUAAUAAAAAUAUUAGGACCAUUGAUAGGAAUUUUAGGAAUAUUUAAAGCAAGAUAUCACUUUUUUAAUAUAAUAUUUUCAGAGAGGGUGACUUUUUCUCAAGAAGAAGUUGAAUGUGGUAUUAAGUAUAACAAAUAACUAAUAAUUAUAAAUAAACAGUAUGAAGAUGGGAUGUAUAUAGUGAGGAAUCUUUUCAAGAAUAUUAUGUAAAAAGAUGUAUUAUUAUAAUAAAAUAAAUAAUCUGGAAUUAAAAAAAAUAAUAACAUUUCUGAUAUUUAGCUAAAAAAUAUGGAUAAUUUAUUUGAAACCAAUAUAAAAACUAAUUAAUUAGGUGAAAAUUAUUUCAAAGAUUACUAAAAAUUUGAGCAAACAAAAAAACUUACUAUUGAAAAAGAGGCAAACUAAUAAUAUAUCUAAAAAGUACUAUUAAAUUUAUCUAAAUUCAAGAAUAAGUGUAGCAAGUCAGAUUUAGAAAAAAGAUACCUUAAUGAAUCAGGUGGUUUAGUUUUAUCUAAAGUUAUUUAAGAUAUAAUAAGUUUUAAUAUCAGACCUGAUACUUAUUCGUAAAUUUCUGAACAAUAAUUCAUAAAUGAGUUGGUUGAUGAGAAUUCUUUAAUUUAAAGAAUUAUUAGAGCAUUAAUCUCAAGAUAUUUACUUAAAUUAGAUAAAAUAUCUUAAAUUAUAUAUGAAUUUAUUAAGUUAUAAUGUUUUAAUAUAAUCUAGCAUAACAAAAAUGACUGGUAUAAGGCUAUUAUCAAUAUUCAGUAUCGAAAUUAUCCUUUGUAAAAUGAAGAUUAAGAAGAUCAGAAUAUUUUCCCUUUGUUGCAUUUCAAAUAUGAAUAGCUUCUAUAAAUACUUUAAUAGCUUAAUAAUAAUAAUGAUCACAAAUUACUAUAAAAAAUUCCAAAUUCAUUUAGUCAACUAAAAAAAUACUUUGAUAAGUAUUUAAAUGGUGUAAAUAUAUUUCUUUUGAGAGAAGUAAUUUUUGCUGAUGCUUAUGGAUUUCCUUAAUAUAAACCUUCAAGUUUUUAACCCUCAAUAGGUUUAUCUAUUCACAUUAAUUCUUAAGAUAUCAGUUAAAUCAUAGCAUUUAAAAAAAGAAAUAUUAACAAAUACAUUAAACCUAUAUUUAAGCUUUUGAAUCUUGAAUAUACAAGAUAUGCUUUUUCAAAAAACACAAGAUUGCCAACUUGGCUUUCAUUUAAUCUAAAAAAAGGAGUUAUUUUCCUUUAUGGAGUUCCUUAAAACUAAGAUAUAGAGGAAGUUCUUAUUAAAAUAUAUAAUGAUAACAAAUAUGUUAUCUAAUAAUUUAUUAUCAACGUUAGUUUGAAUGAAUCUUAAUUAAAUAAAAAAAUAAAAUAAUAUGAUUAAAUAAACAAUUAAUUGGAUUAAUCUAAACUGCUACUUAGUUAGAAUGAAUAAAGAUUACCUAAAAGACCUAAAAUGAGAAGAAACAUUUAUAGUAGCAGUCACAUCAAAGAUAGCGAAAUGUUAUAAAGUCAUUUUACUUCUUAGAAAAACUUAACCGAUAUAAUGAAAAAUAGCUUUAAAUUAGAAUAUCCUAUUAAAACCAAUUAAAAUUAAACUCUACAAAACGAAAAUUUAUAAUUGAUGAGCGAAUCAAAUAAUAUAGGAGAUGAAUUAAAAGAAUAAGAACUAAAAUCUUUUUUAUUAUUUUCACCUCACUAAAACUCUCUUUCUUCAAAAGAAUCAUAAACAUCGAAUAUUUACAUAAAUGUUAUAGCAAAAGAUGAAGUCAAAGAAAAUAUAUGA